AUGUGAAUCUGAACUCAUUGUUCGUAGAGAGUUGAAGGAUAUUGAUUUCAAGGUCUGCCGACCCGCUAGAAAACCAAAGUUAACAGCCACCAUGAAGCAAAGCGUCUGAAGUGGGCUAAACAGUGGUGUGAUAAGGAUGUGGACUUCUGGAGAUCGUUUUAGGAUCCUCAGUAUCAGCCAUACCGGAAAUGUUCAUGAAGCAUCAGUACUGAAGGAUUCACAGCUGUACAAAAUGGCCAACAGGCUGAUGCCAGAAGUACCAUGCACAAUCAAUGGGACUGUUGUGCCAAAAUUUCUGCUCGGAGAUGCAGCAUAUCCCCUACUGCCGUGCCCCACGAAACUGUACACGGGGACUGUAUCACCCGAAGAAGAAAGUUUCGGUGUUUGUUUGAGCUCCACCAGAAUUGCUGUCGAGAAUGCUUCCGGUAGGCUCAGAGCUCGAUGGAGGUGCCUUGCCAAAUGCAUAGAUAUAAACUGUCAAUUUGUGCCUCAACUUAUUGCUACAUGUUGUGUAUUCCAUAACAUCAUUGAAAUGCACGAAGAUCACUUCAGGGAAAACUGGCUAAAUGAUGUGGACAGGGGAAGAAAUGUUCCCUCAACCCAAUGAAUAUACUUGCACAGAAGCUAACCAAGAUGCUGAAAGGAUAAGAAACUGUCUAAAAACAUAUUGCGUUUCCAGUUAUCCAUUAAGGAGAUCUCAAUUAAGAUUUCAAUAAGCACAUUGUAAUUAAGUGUGUAUAAAUCAGAUCAAAUUUGGUAGUUAUGAAAUGAAAAUGUAAAAUUUCAAGAACUUUUUUUAAUUUGCUGUACUUCAAUUUACAGUGUACAGAAAGCUCACUGUCUGUAACCAGAGGUGGAUGGGGAAGGGGAUCGGGUUGGAGAAAACCAGUCUGUGGAAGGAACUGUGGUGUUUGCUGGUAGGGCAUGAAGUGGGGUCGAGUGUUCUGCCCACUAAUGGUGUGAAGGCCACUUAAAAAUGAGUUUACUAAUUGUUUUGUCUCUUCCGCAUGCCUACUUUGGAUAUUCUCCGACAGCUGCUUCUCACACUGUCUGUCUUUCUCAAAUUCUUCUGAUAACCUGUAACAUUUUACAGAAAUUAGCGCAGUAUCAAUGAUGAACUUUUUAAUGUUAAAAUUUUACUAUAAACAAAUGCACAGUAAUGAUGGCAAUAAACAAAAAUUUACUUAUUUUGUAAGCAAUUUGGAAUGUAUAAAGGGACAAUUCCAUAUCAAACAGGCAUACAGUUUUCAAAAUUUAAUUUGUUUUCUGAAUCUACAAAAGUUAUAUUUUACUGUACUGCAAAAAUUAUUAAAAAAUCACUAAAUUUAUUGUAAUGUAGUUAAGCUUGGGACUUUUGUAGAUGAGGAUG